CACACACAUACAAGCUCCAUGGGUGACUGUGAACAGAGCUCGUCUGCAAUUGCAUCAUGGAGCACCCUAAUUACGCAGAGAUCGAAGAGUCUCACUACCGCCGAAAGGUUCUCCAACUGCCUUCUGAGGAAGCCGAAACGGCGCAGGAGCAAAAACUGAUCGAGGAGGCCCGCCAGCUGGGUCUGAAUAUCCCAGAGGUCGAGCUGGUCGCAUCGUUGACCGCGUCCAUCGCUUCGGGGAUGGUGGAUCUCUCCUCGUCCUCACCUAUCAUCUCGUCCACCAGAUCCUCCACCGAUCGCCACUCCGCAUACGAUAUCACACCAUCCCACCAGACCACCGCAAUCGAUCUCCUCGGUUCGUCUCUCUCCGAAUUCACUGUCUCCUCCGAACCCAUCCACAAUGGUAGUGCUCGCUCGAUCGCCUCACUGUCCACCCGACCGACCUCUUAUAGCUCAUGUGAGGGGAGACUGAUCCCGGGGAUAGAUACGAAUUUGGCCGCGGGGGCGCCGCCGAGCAACCGCCAUUCGAUGAUCAGCGUGAUCCCGAGCGACAAGAAGGAAAGACGGAAAUCAACGCUGAAGUCGGCGAUGGAGAAGAUCCAUUUUCGCAAGAAGCGGUCGCCGUCGGCCGUGCUCCUGCCUCCAGCGGCGCAAAUCACUAUCGCCAAGGGGAGUAAGGGGAUCGAGCAGGUUCUAGUGGAAUCCAAGCUGCCGGAGUCGCAGGAAGCCCGAUCAUCCGGCGACGGGAGCGGAGUGCUGCGGCUUGAGAUACCCGCGUUCGAUCAUGAGUCCCUACAGCGGAGUCAGAACGACGAGCAGCUGCGUCUCAUGCGGGAGCGUCAAGUGAUGGAGCUGAAUCGACACAAUCUCUUCCAGGAUGCUUUCACGAUGCGUCUUCGCCAAACUCAGCAGUCCAUUGUUGCCGAACGACUUGCGGCGAACAAGGAUCUUGAGGCGCAGAAACGCGAAAAGAACAUCAACGACGCUUCUCGGAUGGAAGAACGUCAGCUGACGAUCGAGAUGGACCAGAUGCGGGAGUUCGAACGGGCGAAGAUGAAUUCGCGGACCCGCAUCAAACACAUGGAGGGGUAUUUCAAUAAUUCCAGCCCUCCCCCGUCGCCAGGAGGGGCAGGGUCAGGGCCGGAGACCACCCCCGCCCGCAAGUUCACCGCGCAACACAAGGCCCAGCUAGCGCAGGAGUACCACGACCACAAUUCGAUGGAUCAGUUACACGAGGCCAAGAUCAAAGUGCUCCGCGACCGACAGGAGCUGCGAUUGCAGGAGGCCAUUGCCCGGAUGGAAAGAGAACUUGACGAGCUGAUCGACAAACACGCUAUAGAGUUUGCGCAAAUGCAACAAGCCCAUCAACAGGAAGAGAUGGCUGUCGUCCAGGUGUUCGAUGCAAAGAAGGCCCGGUUGAUACACCGAUGGAACCUAGAAGAGGCCAUUCUGCGAACCAAACUAGGGACGCAACACGGGAAGGUGUAUGGACCCUUGCCCCCCUUGUCCUUCGGCGACCCGAACUAUGAGACGCGCGAUUCGGCCAUCUGUGUGGCCGAGCAGACCGGAGCUGCCAGCGCUUGAGGAGGAGGUGCACCCGGACGAAGAGAAGGGGACAGGUGCUUUGAUUAUGAUGUGAUGUCUACGUGAUACCCUUUUCUUUAUUUCCCCCGAUUCUCGGAUCUCCUCAUGCAUAUAUGCAGUCCCCCUAAUGUGUCAUAUUCGGCCUUGGAUGCCGACCCUAUAUCUUGUAAUUACUAUUCCC